AUGGCGAGAGCUGAGGAGCGUCUUCAGCUACCUUCCCCUCCGAUUCGAAUAAUAAUCUCACCGGUAUAUACUCCUCCACCACCACCUUCCCCUCCAAAUUCAUUUAUCAUCGUACCACCAACAUACAGUCCUCCACCUCCACCUCCAUAUUUACCUCCACUUCCACCUCCACCUCCAUAUUUACUUCCACUUCCACCUUCAUCUUCCCUUCCACCUCCAGCUUCUGUGACGCAUUCUCGACAUUUUGCAAAGUUAUUCAUUUUAAUAGCUUUAGCAGUUGCAUUUGGGCUAUAUAGUGUUACAGUUGUCAUUUGGAUAUUGUACAAACUGUGUGGAUGGUGGUAUAGCUCUAGACAAAUGAAUGUAGAUUGGGAGACGCAACGUACUGCUUCAGUACAGAUGGUAUAG